AUGGGCUCCGCCUGGGCCAGCCCAGCGUCGUCGCGCGCCAUGCUCCACCCAUUGCUCGAUAGCUUCAGAGUCUAUGAGGACGUCAUGCUCGUCCUUGCACUCCUCCUCGACCGCUUCUUCGACAUGGACUACCCCGAGUGCGCCAAGGCCUUUGAGACCUACGUCGGCACCACCAAGCAGAUCGACGCGCUCCACGCCUUCUAUGCCUAG